AAGCAAUUACGGCAUUAUGUAGUCCCCUUUCACCAAGUUGCUUUGGAGGCGGAGGAAUAUUUACUGCGGCCCUAGGCGGGAAAUUUGUAUGUGGCGGCGGAAGCCGAUAUGCUUGUAGAUGAGAGGGAAAAAAACGCCAGAAAGCAUGGAACGGAAAUGGAAAGAAAAAGUUAAGAAUGUGGAGAAUCUGGCAGAUUAUUAUAGACGACACCCGCUCAGUUUAAUUUACAGGCCAAAGCUUGCCAAGCCGUGGCUUCCAUCUUCUGUCUGGAAACUUUUCCCUCGACAGGCUUUAGCAUUUAACUUUGCCAAAACGUGUAAGGAGGAUGUGCAUCUUUUUGCCUUGGAGACAGUCAUUGAUGAUACCGAGCGAAGAUUAUAUCUUGUAACAACAUAUGCAGAAUUUUGGUUUUAUUACGUCAAACACCCAUUUUCCUUGAGUCACUGCUAUGAAGUCAUUCCUGCUGACGCUGUGUGCAAGCUUUACAUUGACUUUGAAUUUUACAAAUCAUCAAAUCCAGAAGCAGAUGGUAAAAAAAUGGUAGCUCUGGUAAUUGAAUACUUCAGCAUAAAACUUGAAGAACUAUAUGGUAUUAAGUGUUCCCCAGAAUGGGUUUUAAACCUGGAUUCUAGCUCAAAAGAAAAAUUCAGUCGUCAUUUAAUAUUUCUGUUGCCGAAUGCAGCCUUUAAAGAUAACAUCCAUGCUGGUAAUUUUAUUAAAAAUGUCUUAAAGCCACUGUUGCCUUUGGCUGGUUACAAAUCUGUGACCCGAGAUUAUGUAUCCGGGGCCAAUGAAUCACCCUGCCUUCCAGAAGCAGAGGUUUUGUGCGGUAACAGUGGAAAACCAAGCCUAGCAAAAGCAGUAAAAGAUGUCCAAAGUAUUGAAAACUGUGAUCUUUCGUCUCUAAUUGUGAGAGAUAAAUAUGGUGGGAACCAGCUUUGUAUUGAUCUAGGCGUUUACACAAAGAACAGAAAUUUCCGUUUGUACAAAGCUUCAAAAUUGGGCAAGAAUGUGCCCUUUACAUUAGCUGAAGACAAUAAGUUCAGAAGCAAGCCACAGAAAGAUAUCUGUACAGAAGAGCACAUUUUUCUCUGCUCAUUAAUUAGCAAUAUCAGAUUUUCAGAUUCUUUAAAGAUUUUGACAUGUAGCAGCCCUGACUAUGGGAUGAACAAAGCUACUUCACCUUACAAUAAAAAUCCAGGAGUCACUAUAAAGGGGUAUCAGUUCUCCCCUUACCCAGAAAUUGAUGACUUCAUUCUUUCUCUUGUUACACAAGAAGGCUUUCAAGGAAGCAUACGCUCCUGGAACUAUUUUUCAUCAGAGGAACUGCUUGUUUAUGAGACGGCUAACUACCGGUGGUGUGCAAAUAUAGGAAGAGCCCACAAAAGUAACAAUGUCAUGCUACUGGUGGAUUUAAAGCGAGAAGUCUGGUAUCAGAAAUGUCAUGACCCUAUAUGCAGAGCACAAAACUACAAGUCAGAGUGUUAUCCCUUACCCCCUGAAGUGUGUCUUCCUUUUCUCUUUAAAGAGGAGGAUGAAGAAUCUGUUUUUACAAUGGAUGAAAAUGGAAACAUCAAGGAAACCAAGAUAAACAGAUGUCAUGUGCUAUUUGCAGAUGGUUAUCUUCCCCCACAAAAACCAUCCAUGCCCAGAUCUGGUAACACCAUGGCAUCUGGGGAGAGACAUAGUGGUAGUGAGAUUGAUGAUGCAUGUAUCCUGGAAGCUACAGAAGAUGUAGAGUUCGUUAAUGCAGUGGACACCAGCCUGGCACCUUUGGAUUUAGAUGAUGUACAAUUUUCAGGUGAAGAUGUAGAGUUUGCAAAUGCAGUGGACAACAGCCUGGCACAUUUGGAUUUAGAUGAUGUACAAUUUUCAGGUGAAGAUAUAGUCUUUGCAAAUGCAGUGGACACCAGCCUGGCACAUUUGAAUUUAGAAAUACCAGAUGAAGAUAUAGAAUUUGCAAAUGCAGUGGACACCAGCCUGGCACAUCUGGAUUCAGAAGAUGUAGAAAUACCAGAUGAAGAUAUAGAAUUUGCAAAUGCAGUGGACACCAGUCUGGCACAUUUGGAUUUAGAUGAUGCAGAAAUACCAGAUACACUUUUAUUAGAAUCUCUAUAUAAACAUGAAAUGUUUGCCAGCAAAUGAGCAUUUUCUUUCCUCUUGUUUAUUGUGGAUUCACCAGUGCAAUAUACAGCAGAAUACAAUGAAGAACAAUGUGCUUUGCUCAAACCUUUGUGAUGAAGUCACAGUCAAACAGCCAAAUGUCUCCUGUAAAGUAUAUUUUCACUUAAAGCAGUGCAAUAAUGGAGGUUCUCUAUUUUCUAGGCCCUAGGCCAAGCAAGCUUAUCUGAAUGUAUUUUUCUUAAACUAGACUUUAUUUUAAA